GUUGACUUCGUGCGGGCAGCGGGCCGGCGCCCAGGAUGCUGGGGAGCCCCGCGCGCCGGAGGCCGACAAGCCGUGGGGCUCAGAGGCGCCUCAGGGCGAGAAGGCACCCGCCUCCCAGCGCUUUCACCCCCUGGCCUGCCCGGCCCGCGUGGUGUCCCAGUGGCUGCGGCCACGCCAGGCAUUCUGCCCCGCGGCGGCUGCACAGGGACGAGAACUGAACCGCUGCUCAACCCCAUCCGGGGUGACUGCCAAAUGCCUAUGCCAGCGGCCCCGAUCUCCCUCCGGUGGAGGAGUGGGGCGGGAGACACGGCCUGGGGGCCUCAGGCUGGGCGCGCUGGCGAUCCCGAGGCCGACCAGGUCAUGCACCUCCAGUCCGCCUGGGCACCCAAGCUGCAGCCGCCUUCUGUGUGCAGACAGCAGCCUCCAGGCAACCCCCGAGCCCGCCCGCACUCCCCACAUCUCAGAACCGGGGCUAGAGGUCCCUGUAGCUGCGGCCAAGCCAGGCGGUCUGCCCUGCGGCGGCUGCACAGGGGCAGGAACCGGCCCUCAGACCCAACCCCGGUGGCUGCAGAGGGCCACUGGCUAGAGGUCCCCAGCUCCAGCAGAGGAGGAGCCGGGCGGGGGCAGGGCCUGGCGGGCUCUCAGGCCAGGUGCACUCGCGAUCCAGAGGCAGCCCAGGCCAUUCUCCACCACCUGGGCGCCCAAGCUGCAGGCGCCCUCUACCUGCUGGCAACAGCUGCCUGGCCACUCCCAAGCUGGCUGGCGCUCCCAGCCUCGCAGAACCGGGGCUAGAUGUCGCCGU